AUGCUGGAAGCCGGUCCGAGGAAGGUCUUGAGGUGGCCUCGCUGGCGUUUGUCUGUCGGGGUCUCACUCUUCCUGGUCUUGUGUCUUUUGGGGUCCGCGUACGCUCGGCGUGCCCCCAAAACCCCACGGUGCCCCCCCACCUGCUCCUGCACCAAAGACAGCGCCUUCUGUGUGGACACCAAAGCCAUUCCCAAAAGCUUCCCGCCCGGAAUCAUCUCCCUGACGAUGGUGAACGCUGCGUUCACGGAGAUUCCUGAAGGAGCCUUCUCACACCUCCACCUGCUCCAGUUCCUCCUGCUGAACUCAAACACAUUCUCUCUGAUAGCUGAUGACGCCUUUGCUGGUCUUUCACACCUCCAGUAUCUGUUCAUUGAGAACAAUGACAUUCAGGCCCUGUCUAAACACACUUUCAGAGGACUCAAGUCCCUCACUCAUCUAUCUCUGUCGAAUAAUAACCUGCAGGUUCUGCCUCGAGAUCUUUUCAAACAUCUCGACAUCCUCACCGAUUUGGACCUGCGAGGUAAUUCGUUCCGCUGCGACUGUAAGAUUAAAUGGCUGGUGGACUGGAUGGGGAAGACUAACACCACGGUUCCGCCCAUAUACUGCGCCAGUCCGUUUGAGUUCCAGGGUCGACGAGUCCACGACCUCGUGCCACGAGACUUCAACUGCAUCAGCGCAGAUUUUGCGGUCUAUGAUGCCUUCCCGUUCCCAUUCCAGUCACUGUCAGUGGAAACCUACGAAUUUAACGAUGACCAGUACGUGGUGCUUGCCCAGCCCAAUAGCGGACUCUGUACCGUGUUUAAAUGGGAUCACGUGGAAAUGGGGCUGAAGGAUUACCACAACAUAACAUCACGUUCUGCUGUUUAUUGUAAACCUGUGGUGAUCAAUAACACCCUGUACAUGGUUGUGGCCCAACUCUUCGGAGGAUCUCAUAUCUACAAGUGGGAGGAGGGUCCGCUGCGUUUUGUGAAGAUCCAGGACAUCGACACCACCCGCGUACGCAAACCCAACUUCGUGGAGACCUUCCAGAUCGACGGGGACUGGUACUUCGCCGUGGCCGACAGCUCCAAAGCCGGCUCCACCAGCCUCUACCGCUGGAACAGCAACGGUUUCUACUCUCACCAGUCUCUCCACCCCUGGCACCGCGACACGCACGUGGAGUUCCUGGAGGUGGACGGGAAGCCGCGCCUGAUCCUGUCCAGCGCCUCCCAGCCGCCCGUGGUCUACCAGUGGAACCGCGGCCAGCGCCAGUUCACGUACUACUCCCAGAUCACGGACACGGCCGACGUGCAGAUGGUGAAGCACUUCUGGGUGCGGAAGGCGCUCUACCUGUGCCUCACGCGAUUCAUCGGCGACUCCAAGAUCCUGCGGUGGGAGAGCCAGCGUUUCGUGGAGAUCCAGUCGCUCCCGUCCCGCGGCUCCAUGGCCGUGUACCCGUUCACGGUGGGGGUCCGGCAGUACCUCCUCCUGGGGAGCGACUACUCCUUCUCCCGCGUUUACCUGUGGGACGACCUGACCCAGAGGUUCCAGCCGUUCCAGGAGCUGAACAUGCUAGCGCCGCGAGCGUUCACCCUCAUGUCCGUCGAUAACAAGGACAUCCUACUGGCGGCCAGCUUCAAAGGCAAAACCCAGGCAUACCAGCAUCUAGUGGUGGACCUUAGUGCCAAGUAG